AGAAGAAGGUGGAGAGAGAGCAGGUAGUUAGGAGCAAGACAAGAACGAGAGAUGCUGAAGAUUCUGACAGUCACGGCGGCGGCAGUGCUGUGCGUGGGCGUGAGUGGACGGCCCCAGCAUGGCGGCGGCGGCGGCGGGGGCGGUUACGGGAAGCAGCCUGAGGGGUAUUUUCAGUACGUCAACGUGCCAGCCCAUAAGGAGUACGAGUUUGGAUGGAACAGAGGCAACCCACAUCACUACAUCUCCCGCUUUGAGCAGGCUAAGGACCACCGAUUCAGAACCAGGGUGAAAUGGGCAGACAAACAUGGAGGUUACGGAGAACACUACUGGGAAUACAACCACGCACCUAAAUACAAGGAACACGAUAGCUACAAGGAACCAGAACCCUACCACGCCCCCGCGCCCACCUACCACGCCCCUGAGCCCUCCUACCACGCCCCUGAGCCCUCAUACCACGCCCCUGAGCCUUCCUACCACGACCCCAAGCCCUCCUACAAGCAUCCUGAACCUAUCUACGAUGCCUUUGAACCCACCUACGGCCCACCCCAGCCCCACGGGUACCCCUCUGACAAUGUCCCGGUUAUUGCUGAGCCCUCCGAUGUGCAAGGGAUCAGAGGGGAGGUAUUCAAAUCAAAAUAGUGUAAGUUUGAAUGUUACGGCGGAGUCAUAGAGGAAGAUGCAAGGGAAGGAAACAUCUGGCGGAGACUCGUAUAUGGCACCAACCCGUCUCUCUAGGGAAGCGCAGAAGGUGAUGAUAAUGAAGGUGAAGAUUCGAUAAGGGUACUGUGUUGAAAUGAAGUCGUUUUGUGUUUUUUACGUAAGAUUUUUAUUAUUAUUAUUAUUAUUUAUUUAUUUAUUUUUACAAGGUGAUUUCCUUUCUUUUUUUAUUUUUAUUUUUAUAUUUUUUUUUGCGUGGUUCUAUAAUGAAAUGGUAAUUUUCUCUCUUAACGUAAAGAAAGUUUAUUUAUCAAUUUAUUAUUAUUAUUAUUAUUAUUAUUAUUAUUAUUAUUAUUAUUAUUAUUAUUUAAAGCUUAUUUAUAACGUAGCUUUUCUCGAGUUCACGUUGAAUUAAACAAAUUUAUGUUAUACGUUAGAAAAGCUCAAUAAUAAUAAUAAUUAUAAUAAUAAUAAUAAUAAUAAUAAUAAUAAUAAUAAUUCAAUGGUACAACUUGAAUAUCUGAGUAAUAACUGAGUGCGUGUGUGUCAAGACGGUUCAUAUUUUUUUGUAGAUUCUAGUCCCCUGGAAGAUUAUCUGUGUAUCUAGGCUUUCUCUCUCUCUCUCUCUCUCUCUCUCUCUCUCUCUCUCUCUCUCUCUCUCUCUCUCUCUCUCUCUGCCCUUGUGUGUGUGUGUGUGUGUGUGUGUGUUAGACCCUUCUGGUAAGAGCUUAGAACUUAUAUUUAUAGUAAAGUUUAUGAUUAUAUAAAUGUGUGUGUGUGUGUGUGUGUGUGUGUGUGUGUGUGUGUGUGUGUGUGCGCUGCGCGCGCGCUAGUGUGGAUAAG